AUGGCUGCAUGCAUAUCAUCAUUAGGUUACGAUCAAUAUUCAUUCAACAAGUUUGACGAAGUAAUUGUCAAGUUUUCGCACAAGAGGCCGUACUUCGACUUCUCUUCUUAUGAAAUUAAUGAUCAACUGGAAAAUCACAGCAACAAGAGACUCAAAUUUAGUCAUGAUGCUGAUCAAGACUUGAAGUUUUCAAUCAACUCAUCAUUAGGUCUUAUUGAUCAAUAUUCAUUCAAGAACGUAUAUGAAUUUUUCAAGAUCAAUAAGAGGCUUGACUUUAGUACUAGUAACAAAUUACCAUGCCUAAAAAUGGUGGCUGGAUCUUUAUACUUGCCCAAAGAAAAUCCAAGGAAACCACUAGGUGAAGAUGCACACUUUAUCCAUGAAUUAUACCAAACUGUUGGCAUCGCUGAUGGCGUUGGUGGCUGGGCCAAAAAGAAAAUUGACGCUGGAAUUUACGCGAGAGAACUUAUGAAAAACUCACUAAUGGCUACAUAUAAUGAACCAAAGGGUGACGUGAACCCUAAAAGGGUUCUUCAAGAAGCUUACAGAAACACAAGCUGCGAUGGAUCAUCUACAGCUUGUAUUAUAACCUUAAACUCCGAGAAGAAUACUUUAUGUGCUGCUAAAGUUGGUGACAGUGGAUUUUUCCUAAUUAGGAAGGGAAAAAUUAUAUACAAGUCGCCAGUACAACGACAGGGCCGAUUUGGGUGUCCCUAUCAAUUGGGGAAUAGUAAGGAUAAUCCUAGCGUUGCUCAGGAGAUGGAACUAAACGUCGAAAAAGAUGAUAUUUUGAUCGUUGGAACGGAUGGGAUGCUGGAUAAUAUGAACGAAAGUGAGAUUGAGGAAAUUGUUCUGAGAGGGAUGGAUAAGAAGUUGAAGGCUGAGGAGUUGGCUAGUCAAAUUGGAAACGUUGCGCUGUAUAAUUCAUUUGAUAGAUUUGCAGAUACACCAUUUGCAAGAGCAGCUGCGAGGGACCGGCUUAGUCAUAUACAUAAAGGAGGAAAAAUUGAUGACAUUACUGUUAUUGUUUCGUAUAUCCAGUGA